AUGAAUACCAGUCCGCUGUAUUCAUCCCAUAUUGUUUGUCCUGCGGAAGUGAUGGAAGCGGAAAAUUCUUUUCAUGCAAUUCCAAAGACAUUAAAUGAUAAAACGGCUAGUACAGUAAAGCAACAACAUGAACAUGUUAUAUGCAACGAAAGUAUAGAGCACUCUGCGAGUUCUAAUUCAUCUGUAGAAGCUUUACACAAAGGUCGUGGACGUAAACCAGCGCCACCGCCUCCAUCAAAAAUCAAUAACACUUCAGUCAAUUCAAUUCAUGAUCAUCAACGAACACAAAUCGAAGUACAAAAAAUCAAAUCUUCCGAAGAUGUUAGUAAUUUUCAAGAGAGUAAAAAGCUGCCAACUUGUAAAUCUUUGAGUGAAAAUGUAAAAUUGAAACAAACUAUUAAAAGUUUUGGUAAAAAACACACAAAACUAUCGCCUUUCACAGCUUUCGGAUGUCGAUUUUCAUGUUGUGGUAAAGAGCAUGGGAAUUUCCUAGUCACUCUCUAUAUGUUUGUGAAAUUCAGCUAUCUAUCGAAUGUUAUUGGACAAAUCUAUUUGAUGCAAUAUUUUAUCGGUACAAAGUAUACAGUGUACGGUGCUCAAGUAUUGAUCGAUCUAAUCAAAGGUCAAGAAUGGCAACAUUCUGGACAUUUUCCACGAGUUACAUUUUGUGAUUUGGAAGCAAAGAAAUUGGGCAAAAAUCAUGUUUACACUCUUCAAUGUGUACUUCCAUUGAAUAUGUUCUUGGAGAAAAUUUACAUAUUUCUAUGGUUUUGGCAUGUUCUCAUCACUUGUAUCAAUUUGAUUAGUUUCAUUGUAUGGUUCUAUCGAAUAUAUUGGCCUAAAUCAAGAAUUAAAUUUAUUAUGGAUUAUUUAAAAGUUUUAAAUUUAAUUCCAAUUAAUAAAGAAUUAAAAACUAAAAUUAAAAUUGAAGAAUUUAUUAAUUAUUAUUUAGGUUUAGAUGGUUUAUUUGUUAUACGUUUAAUUACAUCCAAUUGUGGUAUUCUAUUAGCUGGUGAAUUAACAGCGGAAUUAUGGAAAAGUUAUCAAAAUCUAUGCAUUGAACAAAUCAAUACUGCUGAGCCAACAUAUAUUUGUAUAAAUAAAACCAAUUUCACUAUGUCCAAUGCAUCAUCAGCUGAUAAUAAAAACAACCGAUCAAUGCAUGAUGAAUCUAUGAUGCAUUGUUUAAAUACAGUGGAACAAUGUCCAAUGUCUGGAACAAUGAAUCCAUAUUUUUGGUCAAAACAAACUAGGAGUAAUACUGAUGGUGAAGCAGUGAAUCAUAUUGGCAAAGAUUCGAAUAAACAUCAACCACUGCAAACUGUAAUCCAUGUUACCAAUGAACAUAUAUUGAGUAAUAAUUCAUCAGUGGCAACAAUAAGCCACAUGUCAACGAAUGAUACUAAUCAAAGCAAGCCAAUGCAAACACAACGAUCUCAUUUUGGACGAUUAGGCAAUUCAUCCGAUGAUAUUGUUUAAAAUAUAUAUAAAACGGAUGUGUUUAUCCGUUACAAUAAGAUAGUAGUUACAUAAAAUAAAAGAGUUUAGUAUUAUU